UAAAAAUAUCUCAGUGAGUAACUAAUUCACAAAUUUUUUGACGAGGUAAUUAAAUUUGUAUUGUUUGGAAAAAUAAUUUUUGAUCAUAACUCCAUUUCUGCGCAGAACAUUCAUUACAUUACAGAGAGUCACAGGCAUAGAGUUGUGACUAUUGAAUUGAAUCUUGAAAGGAUAAAAAACGCCCACUACCUAUUCAUUAAAAAGAUACAACAAUUAUAAAAUUGUUAAUUAAUUAAGUUAUUAACUAAAUUAAUUAAAUAAAUUAUACAAAGAGGUAAUCUAUAAUGGUCGACAGAAAUAGUUUUGCCUCCAACGCUGCUGCCAAUCUAUCCAGUGGUGGUAGUAGUAGCAGCAGUAAUAAUGAUUUCCUUAGGCUGUCCAAUGUUAUUUCAAAUAACAUUCAGAAAAUUUUUACUAACGUCGGCCAACUUGAGUCCAUACAAAACCAGAUGUCCACAAGACCUGACAACAUGGAGCUCAAAGAUAAAUUUCACCAAAUUCAGCACUACACAAACCAACUUGCUCGUGACACGACGAAAUUCCUCAAGAAUUUAAGUGCCAUCCCAGCCAGUGGCUUAUUAUCUGAGCAGAAACAGCAAAAGUUGCAGAGGGAGAAGUUGACAGGUGACUUCGCGGGCAUCUUAAACAAGUUUCAAAUGCUCCAAAGACAGGAGAAAAAUAUUGAGGGGGAGGAGUUAAAGAAGAAAGUUGCCAGCUAUCAAAGAGAUCCAUUCAGCACCCAGGAUAAUUUUGGAGGCUCAGCAUCCUACCACCAGCAGCAGCAGCAGCAAUCAGUGCUUCAGAUCGACGCUUCGGAGAUUGAUCAAGAGAUCAUGAAGGAGAGAGAAGAUGCUCUUGUCAAAUUGGAGUCUGAUAUAUCAGAUGUCAAUCAAAUCUUCAAAGACCUCGGGAUGCUGGUUCAUGAGCAGGGAGAUGUAAUAGACUCCAUAGAGGCGAACACUGAAUCAGCUUCGGCCAAUGUCGAACAGGGCACCGAACAGCUGAGCCAGGCCCAGAAAUAUAACACGAAGGCGAGGAAGAAGAAAUUUUGUUUGAUUGGGACGCUGGUCAUCAUCCUGGCCAUCAUCAUCAUAGUUCUGGCCGCUACUCUCAGUAACAAGAUCUUCAUCAUAAUCAUCAUUCCUAGACGCUACGUUUAUUGUUUAUAGAUUUUAAAAUGAUAUUUUAAUCGUCUUAAUCGGUGAUCAUCAUCACUAUCAUCAUCGUCAUCAUCAUUAUCAUCAUCGUCAUCAUCACUAUCACCAUCGUCAUCAUCAUCACCAAGACAUGACAUGAUCUUCAUUAUCUUCACUUACAGACAUCAUUCAUCACUAGCGUCAUUUUCACUUGACAAGAACUCACACACACACACACACACACACAAAUAUAUAUGUAUAUAUAUAUAUAUUGGUUUUAUAUAACCCAUUAAUGAACGUUGUAAUAUAAUUUAUUUUUGCUUUAUUUAACAAUUAGUAAAAAAGACCUCAAUCGUUUAUACCAGAAAUUUAUAUGUAUUGAUGUGCGUGUGUGCGUCCGUGUGUGUGUGUGUGUGCGAGUCACAUAAGUUCAUCGUAAUUGAAAAAUUUUGUGUGUGUGUGUGCGUUCGUAUGUUUGUGCGUGACGUGUGUGAACGAACGAACAAACGAACGAAACUUUCCGGACAUUACUAUCAAAUUCAUCCUUAUUCAUCACUUAAUGAAUCGAUCAAUCAAUUGGUUAUUUAAUUGGAUAAUCAAUUAGCUAAUUAUACAUUUAAUUAAUUAUUUUUCACCUGAUGUACUGAUUGAUUGUAGAAUAAAGAUUCUCCAUGACUGACAUUCAUAUAAAUAUAUAAAAAAAACCACAAAUCGUUCUAUUAUUAUUAUUAUUAUGUUAUUAUUAUGUUAUUAUUAUUAUUAUUGUUGUUUAUAUUUUUCCCGCCUUUCGUCUAUGCUCUCCAGUGUAGGUAGUGGUUGUGGCAGGUCCAACAACUCCAACUCGUUUUUCAGAAUGUUCUUUGCUUCAUUUUUCAUCCUGUGCAAUUUUGACCCGUAGGCCAUGUCCCCAAGGUACGCCACGAUGAAAGUGAAAGGGAACAUUGGGGCCAGCAAUGCUUUUUUGCCUGCUUUUUUGACACCAAUGAAAGCAAUGGCCCCGUACGAAAGGUAGAAUGUCGACCACCAUUGGAAGAGGUCUCGUGACCUGGCUACCAUCAUGGCCAUCUGCUGCUCUCUCAUUACAUUUUGCAUGUGAAUCUGUCUUUCUAAUUGGGCUUUCUGAGUGGCUAGCAUAAAUUCUUGAUUUUUCUUCAGGUUUUCAUCCAUGGUUUUUCCCAGUAUAGAUCCCAUUUUUGAUUUUAUUGUGUCUUGACUUUGGUUUUAAACGUAAGUUGUUUUUUAAUUUAAUAUAUUAAAUUAAAUUCACAAGAAAGAGAAUGUUGAAAAGAAGAAAGAGUUUUUUUCAUCAAUUAAAUUUCAAAACUUAAAAUUUUUUCCCAAAAAUUGUCAAAGGUCGAGUUGUCAACCCCUAAUUAGAAGAUAAUUUUGCUUUUAAAAAUGUUCGAAGCCAGAAAUCUACUUCGAACACUUGUCAUUGGAACUAAAGUU